CAAUCAAAGGGACCUCUUCGGCCUUUCCCCCCAAGUUGUAGGAGACAGAGCUUUCUCUCUCACUCAGAGUUGUAUCAGCCUCUUGCUGCUUCCACCUCUGCCUGAGGCCUGGGUGUCCUGCGCCUAGCGGCUGCCCAUCUUUCUCGCCCAGCAGGCCAAGAGACAAGGAUAAACCAGGAGAAAACUUUGUAAGCAGAGAGUGGACGGGGAGGGCUUACCCCUUACCUCCUAACUCUCCUCGAACUCAGUCCCUCAGGGGGACAAACGUACAGAAAGAGCACAAGCUAGACAGGCCCUCCUGAGCCUGGAGAUUCCCACAAGGAUGCGCUAGAACUGUUUCUGUCCCUCCUGCUGCUGGUCCUUGGGGCAACUGCUCCUCCUGUGCCCCAGUCACUCCUGCUGCCUGGAGCCCCCUCCACCCGGGCCAAGGGAGGUGAGUUUGGAGACAGACGAGGAAGGGGCAGCAUCUGGGGACUCUGUGAAGGUAGGCUGUUUGUGAUCAAGCAGCGAACGAGGCAAAGCCAAGAGAAGACCAAGGCAAUAAGUCGCUAUCCAGCCCGGGUCCUCAUCCUCUUUUGACAGAAUGCAUUAUUAAAGUGAUGUUCUGGCAGAAAAGCAGUGAGAGGCCCCAGCUGGGCCCCAGCGUGAGAGCCAGGGCUGCGUCCAGGUCUGAAGAUGUUUCUUGUCCUCUCAGCUUGGCUGUGGCUGUUGUUAUUACUGCCUGAGGCCAAGGCACUGGUGAUAACCCCCCAUGGUUCAGAGUUCAUCCUCAACGUCUCCAGCACCUUCGUCCUGACUUGCACAGGGGAUGCCCCAGUGGCCUGGGAAAAGACUCCUCAGCAGACCCCACCACCUGUUCUUGAGGCCCAGGAUGGCACCUUCUCCAGUGUCUUGACCCUCACCAACGUCACUGGCUUUGACACAGGAGAGUACAUAUGUUCCUACAAUGGCUCCCAAGGCCUGGAGUUUGGUGGGCAGAAGCGGGUCUACAUCUUUGUGCCAGACUCUUCUGUGGACUUCCUCCCUGUGGACCCUGAAGAGCUGUUCAUCUUCUUCACGGGAGACAGUGAGACAACAAUCCCGUGUCGAGUAACUGACCCAAAGCUGGUGGUGACACUGCAUGAGAAGAAGGUGGAUGUGUCACUGCCUGUUCCCUAUGACCACCAGCGUGGCUUCACCGGCCCCUUUGAGGACAAGACCUACAUCUGCAAAACCAUCAUUGAUGAGAGGGAGGUAGACUCUGAAGCCUAUUAUGUCUACCGAAUCCAAGUCUCAUCUAUCAAUGUCUCAGUGAAUGCAGUUCAGACUGUGGUGCGGAAGGGUGAGAACAUCACUGUCCUCUGCAUCGUGAAGGGUAAUGAGAUGGUGAACUUUGACUGGACCUACCCUCGAAUGGAGAGCAAGCGGCUGGUGGAGCCAGUGACAGAUUUCCUGUCAGGGAUAGAAUAUGAUAUCCGCUCCAUCCUGCAUAUCCCCAGUGCUGAGCUAGGAGAUUCCGGUACCUAUGUCUGCAACGUCUCAGAGAGCUACAAUGGGCACAGGGACAUGAAAGGGGUCAAUGUCACUGUGAUUGAUAAAGGAUUUGUGAGGUUUCUGGGGGAGUUAGAUGAGCUGGAGUUUGCUGAGCUGCACAAGAGUCGAACACUACAGAUGCUCAUAGAAGCAUACCCUGCACCCACCAUUGUGUGGCUCAAGGACAACCAGACAUUGGGCUCCGGGACUGCCAGUGAAAUCUCUAUCUCCACCAGGAAUUUGUCUGAAACAAGGUAUAUAUCAGAGCUGACCCUAGUGCGGGUGAAAGUGAAUGAAGGGGGUCAUUAUACCCUCAGAGCCUUCCAUGAUGAUGCUGCUGACUCAUUCUCCUUCCAGCUACAGAUCAAUGUUCCUGCUAAGGUGAUGGAUCUGAGCGAGAGCCACCCCAGCAGUGGGGAGCAGCUCCUCACUUGCCGAAGCCAGGGGAUGCCACAGCCUGUCCUUAACUGGUUCAGUUGCAGUGAUUUUAAGAGGUGUCCCCGUGAUGUUCUGCCUACCCCACUGGGGAACAGCUCCAAGGAGGAAACCCAGCUGGAAACCAAUGUGACCUACUGGGAGCAAGAGAAAUUGUUUGAGGUAGUCAGCAUCCUGCGCUUGCAACGUGUGGACCAGCCCCUCUCUGUCAUUUGCGACGUACACAACCUCCUGGGGAGAGACAGCAAGGAAGUCACCAUUGUUCCACACUAGCAUCUUCAACAGCCUGUACACCACCCUGAGUGAUGUGUGGUCCUUUGGCAUCCUUCUGUGGGAGAUCUUCACCCUGGGUGGCACCCCUUAUCCAGAGUUGCCUAUGAAUGAGCAGUUCUACAAUGCCAUCAAGCGUGGCUACCGCAUGGCCAAGCCCACCCAUGCCUCAGAAGAGAUCUAUGAAAUCAUGCAGAAGUGCUGGGAGGAGAAAUUCGAGAUUCGACCCUCCUUCUCUCAGCUGGUCAUUCUAAUGGAGGGCCUCCUGGGGGAGGGCUACAAGAAGAAGUACCAGCAAGUAGAUGAAGAAUUUCUGAGGAGUGACCACCCAGCCAUUCUGCGUACCCGAGCCCAGCUCCCUGCAUUUGGUGGCCCGAGGGGUCCCCUCGACACCAGCUCUGUCCUCUAUACAGCCGUGCAGCAGAACGAGGGGGACAAUGAUUACAUCAUCCCCCUGCCGGACCCUAAGCCUGAAGGACCCGAUGCGGCCCCACUGGAGAGUUCCCACAGCCUUGCCAGCUCUACCCUGAAUGAAGCCAACACAUCAUCCACCAUCUCCUGUGAUAGCCCCCUGGAGCUGCAGGAAGAACUGGAACCUGAGCCACAGGAGCCAGAGCAGGAACCAGAGCCAAAGGCAGAGCCACAGCUGGAGCUGGAGCCAGAACCAGAGCCCAGGCCAGGCCUGAGUCACCAGGAGGUGGAGGAUAGCUUCCUGUAGCUGGGCUCACCCAGAAGAGCAGGCAUCCCCAAGCCUGCCUCUGCUCUAUGGACUCUCCUCUCUAUUUCUCUUUCCCAGAUGAAUGCUGGCCUCCCCCAUGGGUGAAGAGGGGAGGUGAUGGCUGGCCCUUUUCAUUAUGGGAUAGAAGACUUCUAGCCCAAAUGUGGCAGGGACUGGUCUUCCUCAACAAGGAUCCUCUGGGCUCUUUCCCAGCCAAGAGUCUUCCCUCGGGAAGAGGUUAAGACAAAGUGCAUUUUGCAGUGACUACGGCAUUGAAUGUGGCUGCCUGGUCCCCUGACCCUCCUAUUUCAACCACCCCCAGUGUCUGCCUGAGACAGGGAUUUCCUGGGCAAAUUAGGGGAUUUUUAAUCCUUUUGAGGAAACAGAGGAGGGACAUUGGUGAACACUACUCAGUGCUUAGAAUAUAGAGGAAGGUGUGGGCAUCCAGGGGCUGAGGAACCUAUCUCUCCAAACCAUACCCACCUCGUCUUUCAGACUUACCCAGGAGUGGAGCCACGUGGUGGCCAUGCCUAGACCAGGCUUCUAACAACUGUGCCUUCUGCCUGAGUCACUGGGUGGCUGAGGUCUGUGCCUGCAUUGGGACUGUCUGCCUUUUGGGGAGAAGAAAAUUGUGGGGAGGCUUCCACACUUUGACCCCCGGUGGAAAAGAGAGGGGCAAAGGACAUGGGAUCCUAGUAUGAACAUUCUGUGUCUUCCCCUGCUCAGCUCCCAAGGAUUAGGUCAUCUCCAGGAUCUCACCUUUCCCAGAGGCUUGGUUGUAUAGGUGCCCACAGAAGUUUCUCCUCCCUGCAAAGGAAGAGAUGUACAUGAGAAAUAUACAAUCAACCUUGACCUCCUCCACUCAAGCCCUCCUGCCCCCAUGCCAGCUGGACUGGCCACUACUUUUGUAUUUUUCCUAUGACAUUUGGCUGAGGAUCUAUAGAGGGGUGGUUGUCUUCCCACUUUUGGGGCUCCUCUUCUUUGCCCUGAUGACCCUAGUCCAUCCCUGCCCAACCCCAGCCCUCCACCAUCACCAUGGGUUGGUGAUCCAAAGCAAGACUGAUGGGUGGAAGUUCAGGAAAGAAGAUCUGAGUUCAAUCCAAGGAAGAACUUAAUGAUCAGAGCACUCCCACAAUGGAGCAAGCUGCCUCAGGGGGUCCUUAUCUCCUGAUCAUUGGAGGCCUUGGGGAUAGACUGGAAGACUACCCAACAGAAAAGCUGUAAAGAGGAUCCCUGCAGGGGAUGAGAGGUUGGACUAGGUGAUUUCUGAAGUCCUUACCAACUCUCAGAUUUGAGGAUUCCCUCUAGUAGGUCAUGGAGCUAAGGGGUCCUUAGCAAAGCCAAAUUUAUGAGGCUACUUUCUCCUCCACCCAACUAGGACCUCAGGAAAACCUUGGGGCCUGGGCAGCAAGAUAGGGAUGCCAGCACCCAGCUCUGAUGCUUACUACCUGGUUUACCUUGGAGAAGUCAUUUAGCUUCCUAGUGCCUCAGUUUCCUCCACCGUAAAAUGAGAGAUGGCCUCUGAGGACUGUUCCAGCUCUCAUGCAAGAUGAUCCUGGAUGAUCCCCCUACACACAUCUGCCCCAUGUCUUUGGACAGAGGUAGAGCCUCCCAUCCAGUGAGGUGGCACCCUGUUCACCUGCCUCUAGUUCUCUUGUCCAUGUAACUGGGUGAUGUCCUCAAUAGUCUCCAUCUGCUCACAGGGAAUAGAGGCUACAUUUGGGGCUGAAGUUAGGAACCACUGUCUUAUGUGGCUUUUCCUAACAUCCCACACCUUCCUUUAUCCACCCAGAGCAAACUGGUUUCCUCAUCUCUUGGGCCAGUUGAGGGUCCUGAGCUUGGAAAGCCCUAACACCAUACAAACAAAAGGUGGGGGACUUCCCUUUUAUCUGAGCCCUGAGAGCAUUUGACACUCUCUGUCCUAUGCCCCGGAUGGUUUAGCUUCAUCCAGGCCCACGUAGAGGGAGGAGAUAAAACAUGAACCAGGAAUUAGGGAUUGGGGGAAACCAUGAUUUUGCCUGCUUCCCCGCCUCCCCGAGUCCACUCUUGAGUGAGCCUCCUCACUGUCCUCUCCUGGCUAAGGCUUCUCUUGGGACUGGAAAGUUUGUGUCUAUGCUAGGAAGUAUAUUUCAAGACCAUCUGAGUGCCCUGUCCUGGACUCUUUCCUCCCCUCCUCCAUUAACCUGCUCAGUAGGGAAGGAUUGUGUGUUGUUGGAGCCUGAAGGGAGCCUGCUUUGUCUAUUGUUUGGCUUUUAAUCUAUGAGCACAGAGGCAAGGAUCAAUCUGCCCAUUCCCUCUCUCCCACCAACCCCGUACACACAUAGUAUAGUAGAAAUGGUGGGAUAAGUGGGUUCGGGUUUCCCUGGCCCUCAUGACUAAUGGUGAAGGAUCUGACUGUGAGACAACCCGGAGGGCUCAGCCCAUUGGGCAGUGACUGGACCAUUGAGCUCAGAGCUGGGCCCAGCACUGCCUGUCCUGGACUCACAGAGAUCUUACCCCCUAAGCUCCCCAGCGCUCCCUCUAGCUCCCACUCCCACCCAUACUAAACCUAGACCAAGAGGACUUUAAAGCCAGAGUUUCCCUAAUAGAGAACAGAUCAGAUCCCCACUAACUAGACUGGAGGCAGGGGACUGGUCUAGCUAAGGCACAACAGUUGCCCUCCGGGUGUAGAUUAGACAGUGGUUAGGGAGUAGGGGCAGGGACAGGGUAGAUGAGCAGGAUGUAGGUAGCUGAUGUGGCUGGGUAUGCCAGCACAUGGGCACAUGCACAUAGCAGUCCCCCUCCCUCCUCCUCCUUCCAGGUUCCCCCCACCCAAACCAGUCUUCCAGAGGAGCCCCUAGAGAUGCGUAGGCAGGGCACAGCCCUUAGCAAACCCACCCUGAGCUUCUCAGUUCUAUACCUGAGCCCCUGGAAGGAAGCCCGACUCCUUGCCAGCCUAUUUUUAAGACACGGAAGGAGUCACAGGUGGGAGGGAAGGGAGCUGGAGGGCACCAAGGUACCAAAGAUACCAUCACUGCUAGCUUACAGGUGUAUACUUAAGACUCACAAUAACUCACAUUUAAACAACUGAGAUACUAUUUUUUACACACUCAACUUUACAUAUCUGUAUAUGUUUUUGUUUCUUUUUUAAGGGAAAGGUUUUAAUAUUAAACAUGGUGCUCUGUA